AGAAAACAUACAGCCUCAGACAGGAAGAGCUGGUGAAAGGGUUACAUAGAGAAGAGCCAGCCCCCUACCUGCUAAAUUGUCAACUGAGCAUCGCAAGGACAAACACUGUGUGUGAGAGAGUGUGUGUGUGUCUGAGAAUGACGCUUCUCCAUCAGCUCCCAGCUCAGAUUACCUUGAAUUGUUGACAUUGACACUCAGUCAGGACAACCCAGGAACCAAGGAGACAGCAGAGCCUGUAUGUCUACCUAGGAAACCAGAGAGACCCACGAAUCAGCAUCCAAGCUCUGUUGCUGGGUUAUUGGAGGAAAAUAUCUGCAGAUGUCCUAGUCUGAUUUUGGAGGGGUUAAUGUGAUCUGGCUUCCUGAUUUCACGAAAACACCUGAUGCAAAUCCACCAAGACAGAGAACAAAUAGAAGGAUUCUAGAGCACUCCAGACACUCAGGAUGUCAGACAAUCCAGAUACCAGGAUUCUAGAACGCCAGAUUCUCCAAACAGCAGCAUUCUAGAAUGCUAAAUAACAAAGAUUUUAAACACCAGGCUCUCCAAACAACAAGAUUCUAGAACGCUAGGCUCUCUAAUUAACGCAUUUCUAGAGUAAAAACUCAAAUAUUGCCUCUGGUUUUGAGCAAAAUAAGUUUUCACUCUAGAUUUCGGUGUUGGUGCUUGUAACUAAGAACCAUUUGUUGAUUCUGCAUUAGUGACCAGAUAGUAAGGGAGACUCGUUUUUUUUGAACAGCAGAUGGUUUCAUUUUUUUUUUUCUUUUUGUUUAUUUUGGUUGUUGCAAUUAGAUGUUCAUUUUGAACAGAAUGGCUAUUUAAGCAGGUAAAGCCCCAGUUCAGUACCUGAAAAAGAAUGAUUCAAUCUAGAUCAGUGUCUGCAAACAGAAAGCACUUUGUUUAGGAGUUGCUGCGGUGCAUGAGAAAGGUUAUACAGCUGAAAAAUAGGAUUCAGGUACCAGGAAAAGCAGUAACCUAGAGGGAAUUUUUAUAGAGCCUGUAAAACAUCACAUUCGGCACCUGCCAAGCAUCCUAAUUACUCUCCAUCCAGAAACCCAGAAAACAUCCUACCGUAUGAAUACCUGGGAAGGAUUGCACCCCACCCACUAAAAACAUUCUGAAAGGAAGCCAAACUAAGUCCUCCCUAAACAAGUACAAGCCCUUUCUCAGCCCAUAGAAAGGAAUGUGAGUUGCUCUCCAGUGGGGAUGUUUAUUUCCCUCUGUGUCCCCUGAUUGCCGACUGAAUUCUCCAAUUGCCUGAGACAAUUCUCCUCCAUCAUCCCAGGCACUCCCCUUCCAAGCGCUGAGCUCUCUGCAUCUCUCUCCUCCUCUCCUCCUUCUGUCACCUGUUGGAAGGUCGCCGUGGGGUCCUUGUUGUCUCCCACCCCAGACAGUCUCUCUGGAGGACCCUGAGACUGUCCAGAGGGGUCUCACCCGGAGAGAUCUAUGAUUAGUUCGGUGUGUGUAUCCUCCUACCGUGGGCGCAAGUCUGGGAACAAACCCCCCUCCAAAACAUGUCUGAAAGAAGAGAUGACCAGAGGAGAAGACUCCGGCAAGAUCACCAUAAACGUUGGGGGCACGAGGCAUGAGACCUACAAAAGCACCUUGAGGACCUUGCCUGGCACCCGCCUGGCAUGGCUGGCAGACCCGGAGACAUCCAGCACAUCAGAGACAGACACUCAACCCAACGAGUUCUUCUUUGACAGGCACCCGGGGAUUUUUUCCUACGUCCUCAACUACUACCGGACUGGGAAGCUGCACUGUCCGGCCGAUAUAUGUGGACCUCUCUUCGAGGAGGAACUGGCUUUUUGGGGGAUAGAUGAGACGGACGUGGAGCCCUGUUGUUGGAUGACCUACCGCCAGCACCGAGACGCCGAGGAGGCUUUGGACAUCUUCGAGAACGUGGAACCUGAGGAUGGAGAUGGGGAGAAAGAUUCCACCCCUGAGCUGCUCUGCAUGGAGGACAGGCCGGACAGAUCCAAGAGCUGCUGGAAGCGGUGUCAGCCUCGCAUGUGGGCACUUUUUGAGGACCCGUACUCAUCCAGAGCUGCCCGGGUGAGUUUUUACAUCUUUACCACCCUCACUUCUUCCAUAAAAGGUACUGUAACUUGUAACCUCUCCUUACAUUGUGCAGUAGCCCCUCUAACUAAUGUUUUAUACUGCGUGGGCUCCAGUUACAACUUCAUUCUUUGUGUGGAGUGUCUAUUUUCUAAUUAAUGUAAAGUGGGCUGAUUUAGUGAUGCAAAGGUUAUCUAGAAUUAUAUCACUUGUGGUUAGUGAAUGUAUAUUCUCUCUAGAGUACCUUGCUUAACACGAAAAGAAAACCAUACUAUCAUUUAUAGUCUCCUCUACAAUUAUUAGGUUACAGUGUCAUUGUGUAGAGACCUAGGUUUUCGGUUGAAAAUUAAAACUCAAUAAAAUGUUCAUGACACUGAACAAGACUAUUUCAGUAGCUCAAUCUCUGUUUAUAAUAGCAAAUACAGCCUUCAGGCUUGAAAACCAAUGCAAGGGCCUCACCAUCACUCCUCCUUUUAUUUGCUAACUGACAUAGGCAACUCAUGGAGGCAUUAAUGUCUUGUUUGGUUUGGAUAUUUUGCUCAUCAUCACAGAGCAAAUUCCACACUCCAGUUUGUUGUGCCUUAUAAAUAAUCUUCAUUAUUCAGUGUAUAGAUCACAUAUGAAUAGGUGCCCAGUUAUCUAAAAGUACACCUAAAGCUGAAUCGUUUAGAGAGGUCUCAUUUUAGCCUACAGAGGUGCAAGUGUAAAGACUUUCAGGAGCUGCCCCACCUCAUAUUAGCGAUUAUAGAAACAAUAUUUUGAAUAUCUGUUCUAAUGUUAAAAUUAUUGUGUGCCUCUUUUGCAGAUGGUGGCCUUUGCAUCCCUAUUUUUCAUUCUUGUUUCGAUUACAACUUUCUGCUUGGAGACUCAUGAAGCAUUUAUUGUGGCAAGAAAUGUGACAGAAGUGGUAACAGAAGGUAACAUUACAGAGAUUGUAGUAGUAACAGAGGUUGAAACAGAACCUGUUCUCAACUAUAUUGAGGGUGUUUGUGUGUUUUGGUUCACCUUGGAGUUCUUUGUCAGGAUCAUCUGCAGCCCAGAUAAAAUUGUCUUUGUGAAGAACAUGUUGAAUAUAAUAGACUUUGUAGCCAUACUCCCAUUUUACCUGGAGAUGGCCCUUAGUGGGUUGUCCUCAAAAGCAGCAAGGGAUGCCUUGGGCUUCCUACGGGUUGUACGCUUUGUUCGGAUUUUACGUAUCUUCAAACUGACUAGGCAUUUUGUGGGUCUGCGGGUUUUGGGACACACUCUUCGGGCCAGCACUAAUGAGUUCCUCCUUCUCAUCAUUUUUUUGGCUUUGGGUGUCCUCAUAUUUGCCACCAUGAUUUACUAUGCAGAAAGAUUAGGUGUAGAAACUACAGACCCCAGUCUGAUGAAGAAAAUACAUUUCAAGAACAUUCCAAUAGGGUUCUGGUGGGCAGUGGUUACAAUGACCACAUUGGGUUAUGGAGAUAUGUAUCCACAGACAUGGUCUGGUAUGUUGGUGGGUGCCCUUUGUGCUCUAGCUGGGGUUCUCACUAUUGCCAUGCCUGUUCCAGUAAUUGUGAAUAAUUUUGGGAUGUAUUACUCACUGGCUAUGGCUAAACAAAAGCUCCCAAAGAAGAAAAAGAAACAUGUCCCAAGACCAACUCAGUUAGACUCUCCAACUACUCUUAGGUCGGAGGACAACUCACAUCAUAACAGCACCCAAAGUGACACCUACCCCCUGGCUGCAGAGGAAUUAACAGAGAAGAAAAGAUCAGGUAAGAGUCAGAGUGCUCGAAGCCAGAGAUAUGCAGAUGGUGUUAAAUUUGAACUUCAGUAAUGGUAUUUGUUGUUUCUAUAGAGAGAUAUUCAGAUGAAAGAAAUAUAACUGAGACAACAAUAUUGUGUGGAUUAUACUAAUAUCAUGGUCUAUAAAUGAGCUGGGAUAUUUCUCUUUGCUAAUGGACCAGAAGUAGCAUUGUUAGUUGAAAAAAAAAUCAAUUUCAUCUGAUUGCAGAGUAAUAAUUUUCAUUUCAAUUGAAAAAUGUCUUAAUUGAACCAAGAGAAAAGCAAACUUGUUGUAAUUAGUUUAGCCUUGAAACAUGAAUCUCUGGGGUUUAAUGACUCUGUACUUCACCUCCAAAUAACUAACAUAUUUGGUCCUGUAAAUGCUGUCAGAUUUAAAUGAUGACUCUCACUAAAAUACCCUUCCUGUGUUGGAACAAGAUGCAGUAGAUUGCUUUUAAUGGGGUUAUUCAUUAAACUGCAUAUUUAAGAGCAGAAUAAGAGACCUAGAGAGCAAUUUCUUGGUGUAUGCACUUAAUUUUUUUCCCUUUUGUAAUUAAAGAGACACUUUAGGCACCAUAACGACUUUAGCUUCAUGAAGCAGUUUUGGUGUAUAGAUCAUGCCCCUACAGUCUCAGUGCUUAGUUCUUUGCCAUUUAGGCGUUAAAUCACUUUGUAUAUUCAGCCCUUAUCACACCCUCCUGCAAGUGACUUUCUUAAAAACAUCCCGUAAAGAGAGAUGUAAUGUUUAAACUUCCUUUAUUGCACAUUCUGUCUAAUUUAGAAUUUCUUAUCUCCUGCUCUGUUAAUAGCCUUCUGCACCCUUGUAGGAGCCUCCAGUGUGCAAUUAAAGAUCAAGUUACAUUGCAAUAGGUAAAAUGUCUAAAGCAAGUAACCAUCUGAUUGAAAAUAAAAACAUUGUUUUAAUGCAGAUAGGGAAGGUGUGGCUAAGGUUGCAUAAACAGAAGCAAGGUGAUUUAACUCCUAAAUGGCAGAGAAUUGAACAGUGAAAUUGCAAGGGAUUGAUCCAUACGCUAAAACUGCUUCAUUAAGCUACAGUUGUUUGAUGCCUAUAGUGUCUUUUUAAGUUGUAUUGAAUAUUCCAAGGAAUACAAAAAGCACAUUCAAUACAUAAGAACAAAUAAGAGCACUGUCAAUGCAUAGGGUUAGAGUUUCCAAAUUUUACGAUUGCAUUAGAAAUACAAAACUGUAUUCCUAACCCUAUAGUGUCCCUCUGUAAUUAACUGAAAGACCCACCCUCACUGUCAAAUAAACGCUUAAAAAUAAUUUUAUUCACUUUCCUAUUUCCAGUGCUAGAGUCCAUCGGCACUAGCUCACUCUCUUCCUCAUCCAACGUCAUGGCAAUGGGAGAAACUAAUGCCCAUGCGGGGUGAGCGCUAUCUCAUUAGGAUUUUGAAGAUGCUGGACAUCCUCAUGCAAAGAGUGAGGACAUCCAGGGUUUUUUCACUGAGUUAAACUCUGUGAAAAUCCAGAAAGCUUCUCUAGUGUCUAGUUCAGGGAUAAGCAACCUUAGGCAGACCAGAUGUUGUGGACUAGAUCCUCCAAAAUGCUCUGACACCCAUAAUGCUGGCAAAGCAUCAUAGGUGUAGUCCAAAACAUCUGGAGUGCCGAAGGUUGCCUAUGCCUGGCCUAGUUUCUGGGAGAUAGCCACUAGAGGCUGUCUUAACCCUGCAAUAUAAACAUUGCAGUUUCUCUGAAACUGCAAUGUUUGACAUUGCAGGACUAAGGGGGACAGAGGCACUGCACAAAGACCACUUCAAUGAGAUGAAAACAAGAACAUUGACCCAGUGCACAAACCGUAAGAAGUAGAAGAGGGGAAUAAAGCACAUCAUGUGUUUUAAUCCUUUAUGAGCCUAAGGGAAAAGCACAUUUUUUUAGUUAAGGUUUCAUUUUAGUAAUAGAAAGAUCACUCUGAUUUUUUUAUGUAAUUUGUUUGCAUCAAAUGCAAAGCUGUGCUAGGGGACAUCUAAACAUAAAAGGAAAGUUCAAAAGUCCCAUGACUCCCUCUGUGCAACCUGCAUGUGCAUGUGUGUGAGAGUGAGAGUGUAUGUAUGGAUGCAGGGAAGCCUAGUGCACUUGGGAACAUGACAACACCAAUCCUUCAGAGGUGCAAGUGUGUGCAUAUGCACCUCUGCACUUCGCUAACUUCUAAUGUCGUGAGUUAACGAAGAAAUGCUAUUAACGUAAAGCAGACAAUCAGUCAUUAAACGAAAUGUACUGCCUUUAAAACAAGGGAAACAAAUCAAAAUUAAUGUCUACAGCAGGGAUAGGCAACCUUUGGCACUCCAGAUGUUGUGGACCACAUCCCCCAUAAUGCUUACACCCAUAAUGCUGGCAAAGCAUCAUGGCAGAUGCAGUUCAAAACAUCUGGAGUGUCGAAGGUUGCCUAUACCUGGUCUACAGUAAUGCACUGUGUAGCACCUUAAUAAAGUGCUCCUCAACCCUCUCCUCCAGGCACACCUAACAGUCCAGGAUUUAGGGAUUACCCAAAUGUGUCUGAGGUGUUUAGAAAAAUAAAACACUUUAGAGUAUAAGUUGUUUUUAGUUUUUUUAAAAACACCUUAGACACAUUCAGGUAAUCCCUAAAUUCAGGACUGUUAUGUGUGCCUGGAGAAGAGGGUUGAGGAGCACUGCCUUAAUACAUAUUAUAUGUAUUAUUUUGACGCAUAAAAAAGAAAAUGCACUUGGGCAUGUAGCAAUGAAUUCUCUUAUUCCUUCCCUCCUUAAAUAAGUAAAGAAAGGCCAUAAAAAUGCAGUUUUAGACAUAACAUUUCUGCAUCCAAAAUGCUACUGUUUUAAUAAUGACACCGACACAAGUUGUAUUGUUUAGGUUAGUGGUUUCCAAACCAGUCCUCAAGGCACACCCAGCAGUCCAGGAUUUAGGGAUUACCCAGUUGUGUCAAGGUGUUUUUUUUUUCUUUCUCAAAAUACCUUUGACACAACUGAGUAAUCCCUAGAUCCUGGACUGGUAGGCGUACCUUGAGGACUGGUUUGGAAACCACUGGUUUAAGGUGAUCUACCUCAUAUGGAUUUAUAUUAUUUAUAGGUGUAACUUCCUCCUUAAUGUUCUAAAACUGUUAAGCUCUCACCUCAUGAAAGCAUUAAAUUGAUAUUAUCUUAUAAACAGAUAUUUGUUUAAUAAAACUUAGAUAAUAUCAUCUUCUAUUCAGAGGAAAUCAGGACAUUAGGCUUAGUGCUGCCUACGGGGAGACACAAUGUUUGUACUGUCUGGAGUAUGAAAAAAACAUAAUAGUUAUUAGUAUUCUUAAAAGGACUCUCUAAGCACAAGAAUCUCUACAGCUCAUUAUUUGGUGUUGUAGGUCUUUGGGUGCUCACCCCGCUUUUUGGAGAGAUCUGAUUAAAAAAUGGGGCUUUCUCUGUAGGCCCUGCAUCCACUCUGAUAAUGUGAAAGGGUCACUUGCACGUUACCUGUCCAAAGCAUCAAGUCUUGUCUCAAUGAAUCUUCUGUAUUAUCUGGUUGGCUGUGGAAGGGUUGGCUUUUGGCUCCAGGAGAGACCUUUUUAUGCCACACGCUCCAAUGUUUUGUAAUAGAUUCAUAGCACCACAGACACUACAGUGAGUUUUAGGGAUUAUAGUGUUUAGAGUGCUCCUUAAAUGUCAUAAACAUACGCAACUAUAUAAUGUUCUACUUUAUGUAAUGCUACAUGUUAUACUAUAUAAUGCUAUAUCUUAUACUACAUAUAGAUAUAUAUUUUACAACAUAAUGCAAUGGAUGACACUGCCUUAUGAUUUUAUUGUUUAAAAUGCUUAAAAUGCAUGAGCAAAAUUGGUUUAAGGAAUGCAUAGUGUUAAACCUACCAGUCAUCGAACUACUGCACUUACAUUAGCAGCUAGAACAAUUAAAGACUGUGACAUGGAAUUAGAUGGUUCAGAAACAUUGCUUUGUCUGCUACAUCCCAUUCCUCCAAAGCUGUCUGUGUUGACUGAUCCUGAUAUUUGCUAAAACCCAUCCUUACUGUUUAUUAGCUCACAGCUUAAGAAUAUUUCUUCCACCUUAUUCUGCUUUGCCAAAUCACUCCUUUGUUCCUGGGUGUUAUCCCUACCCUAUACCCGAACAAUUUUCCCAGUUAAUUCACUGUAUUUUUCCAUCACAUCCUCCCAGCCAGCCUUUUAAUGCACGCACGUUUCUAUAUUUGAUCAUGCAAAUUUUGCAGCCUUUAGUUUUCUGUUGCUUGGUCAUACAGACAGUCACUUAUCUACAUAGCUGCAAUUUUCUGAAUUGAAUGCUGUGUGCUCAGAGACAUGUCAGCUGUGUGCUGUAUCCAACAUGUCACCUUAUCAUUUAAUGCCUGUUCUCUUAAAUACCCACAGUUCAUUGCACACCUACCUGGUAUUAAAAGUCUUAAAUUAGAGGAUAUGCAGUACUGAUCCUUUGUUAAAAUCUAUGCAAUAUAGAUUAUAUAUAGAUUAAAAUCUAUGCAAUAUUUUAUCAAAUAAUGUUCAGCUGUAAACUAAGGCAUGUAAUCUAAGUUUGUACUUGAGACACACCGUUGGAAUGGCAAGUAUCAUACCGUGCUAAAUUGUAACUAGGGAUUGGACAGAAUUUAGAAAAGAAAAAGGUAAAAUAAUUCUAGUGUAUCAAAAGCAACAGAAUGUAUCAAGACAAAUAAAUGUGAUGAAAACAUAUAGUUCCUACUAAAACGUAUAGAGAUUAAUGCUGCCUCAAUCUUUGAAAAAGCAACAACAUCUUUUGGUCUAAUAACACCAAAAAAGGCUAAAAAAAACUUGAAAGGCAAGAUGUUCUUGAAGGUUAUAAUUUUAAUGAAAUGUGUUUUUUGAUGUCUGGCUAUAUUGUCCAUUAUUCCGUGACACUGUAUUCCUGUCAACUACAAAUAUUGGUCCAACCAAGAUAGCAACUACCAGAACAUCAUAUUGUUGAAAAUGUUGAUCAUAUAAGGAAUUGCCACUCUGUCUUAAGACCUUACAGGCUAUAUCCAAUAGAUGUUUCCUAAGCAGCAUCUUUGUAACAAAAAUAUUUUGUGAGUGUGUCUAAUUUUAUUAUUCUAAAAUAUUAAAUUGAUUUUACAUUAAUUGUGUGUCUUACAGUGUUGGAAUAUUGCAAUGAUUCUGAUGAUUGAAAAAGUUAUAGAUUACUUGUUAAAGGGACAAGCCUUCUAUAAAACAAACCUUUCAGAUUAUUGUACUGGUUAUGCUGUUAGAUGGCUGAGUGAAGUCUUACUAUUUUAAUAAAACAGUUUUCUAGCAGCAUGACAAAAAUGGGAAGAAGCCCAGACACGCUACACACACACCCUCUGAUGAGAACGUCAUAAUGAGGAUGUUUAUUUAUACACUGUGCAUACACCAUAUUUGUAUAUGUGGUAUGGUGACCUCACGUGGUGCCAAAUGGUGAUUUCACACGAUCCUUUAUGAUGAGCACUAGGAUAUAGGAAGAUAUGCUGCAUAAAUCACAUGUAACCCUUUCAGCACCUCUGAAUUGACACAGGGAGGAAUUAUGGUGCUUACAGUGUGUUAAAUCUUAAACAUAGGACUGAUCAGUGCUACAAAUUGUAAAGAUAUAUACCUUAGACAUUUUUAGUUCUUGUAUUCCCAGCUUGUAAAGCUGCAUGGAUGCUACAAAUGGAUUAGUGGCUCCUAAUUACCCUAUAUACACAUGAACAAACUAAUUAUUACUCUUGCAGUAUUUCUAGUGAUCUCAUCAAGUGAGGCCUUCCUGUGUUUAUGUGCUACAUACAUUGAUAGAUAAUGAGCAAAACUGUUAAAAUAAAAAAUAAUUUAAAAAAAAUACAAUAGACUGUAUUUUUACUGGAUAUCUGUCUCUGUCUGUUUGACUAUAUAUAUAUGUAUAUAUAUAUAUAUAUAUAUAUAUAUAUAUAUAUAUAUAUAUAUAAUCAGACAGAGACAUAUAUAUAAUCUGUCCUAAUGUUUCUAAUACCUCACCUCCUAUAGUCUGUAAACUCGUUUGAGCAGGGUCCUCUUCAACCUAUUGUUCCUGUAAGUUUUCUUGUAAUUGUCCUAUUUAUUGUUACAUCCCCCCCUCUCAAAAUAUUGUAAAGCGCUACGGAAUCUGUUGGCGCUAUAUAAAUGGCAAUAAUAAUAAUAAUAUAGUCAAACAGACAGAGACAGAUAUCUGGUCAAAUAGACAGAGACAGAUAUCCUCUGUGUGUGUGUGUGUAUGUAUGUAUAUGUAUAUAUGUAUAUAUAUAUAUAGAGAGAGAGAGAGAGAGAGAGAGAGAGACAAACAGACAGAGACAGACCAGGGUUUUGGAAUAUUGCAAUGCUUCUAAUGACUGAAAAAGUUACAGAUUACAUGUUAAAGGGACAAUCUGUACAGAACAAACCCUACAGUUUAUUGUAGUGGUUAUACAGCUAGAUGGCUGAGUGAAGUGCCACUGUUUUGAUAAAACUGUUUUCCAGCAAUACGACAAAAAGCUGUUUUUAAGUAGUAGGACAAAGAAUAGGAGGAAGCCCUGUCACCCUAAGCAUACCCCUUAUGAUGAAAACAUCAUAAUAUUGUUAUAGUUAAGACUACACUAUAUUUGGAUAUGUAGUAUGGGGAGCACACAUAGUGUGCUAUGGUAAGCUCUGAUAAUGGGACACGGUGAGUUUACACAGUCUGAUAUGGCGAGUAUUAGGAUGAUCACUUGGAAACGUUUCAAAUAGUAUUGAAUCAUUUGGAAAGCUUGUUAAAUCAAGAAUGUUAUCAGUGAAAAUUCUGAGUUAAGUGAAUAACCCUGAGGUGCGUGCAUGUAGAAAUGUCUGGUUAAACACAAUAAUUAACAAUAAAAAAAACAAAGCAAGGCUUAGAAAUCUUUGCAUACUGUGCUAUAGCUCAGUCCGGGUAAAAAGGCAAGACAUUUUGUUUAUUUUAUUUCUUCUUAGUUAUUGGUUUUACAAAGACAAACUGACACACAUUCCUAAUGAUCAAUUACAGUGUAACAAUAGACACCAUAACACAUCAAAGUAAGAAGGAAAAUGAAAGUGAGAAAGAGAGAGAGUAAAGGUGGUGUUAAGGUAGGAUGUUCAGCCCCUCUGCUACUCCAUUUAUCAAAUCGUUUGUACAACAUUCUUGUGGUUCUGGAGAAGGAAUCUUCAAGGUGUUCUAAGCGCUAAUUUCAUAAUAUAUUUGGAGAUGUUAUUCUAAAAAAAGCAAAUUGUGGAUCUGUUAGUUUCAAGUGGCACACUAAUAAGACUGAAACAUGGUUGCCAAUAACUUGGAUUGUUGGGCACAGCCCAUACAGGAAAAUAAAAUAACAGGAAAACAAAUCACAAUUUCACGUGCAGCUGCAAAGGUGAGUCUUGUUUGGUCACUUCAUAGUUCACUGAAAUCGUUCACUGCAGGAGAGAUCUGAAAAUUAGCAGUUUGCUAUCUUUUCAGAGACACAUAAGGCAACUAACAAAGUUCCAGAGAGUCCAAACAGUAAGUUUCUGAAUAAUCACAAAAUCAAAAUUAUUUAAUAUUUCAUGUUUAAUAGUAGGACAAUAACAACAGCAUGUGGCACGCAUUGGCUAACAGCACUAACGUAGGUGAGCAACAAGCACACAUCUACUCCACUCACUGAACGUGAAAGAUAAAUACUUCAAAGGAUAAUUGCUAAAUUCCACAAAUGUAAAGCCUGAAACAUUGACACCAAAAUAUAAUCUGCACCUUUGUGACAAGAACAGCUGUGCAUAGUGAGCGUCAUUACGUUGGAAUCUGUGGCAUAACUGCCAUUCUGAAUCCUUCUGUAAUCAAGGCUGACAGUUUAAUAGACAUAACAUGGGUUAAAGACCAAAACCUGGAUGCUGAGUAAUUUAAACAAAUAUAAUAUAGGUUAAUGAGUUCUGCUAUACACUGCUUUCUUCAUCUAGAUCAUCUAGAUUGGUUCAAGUUUGGAGAAAGUUAAAUAACCACUUUACAUUAUUACAAUACCUAGAAACCUAUGAGUAUCAGUAUACCCAAUGAUAACUCUGCAUGGUUACAUAAGUAUAAGAUAACUUAACAAAAACAGAUACACCUUAUUCAGGGCCAGAUUAAGAGCCCAGUGGGCCUGGUGCUGACAUUUAUGAGGGAGCCUAAGUACAGGAUCUUAUCGACCAAAAACACUAAAACAGUCAUACCAUCAAGCGUUAUGUACCUGGUGGAGAUGUUGCCGCAGGGAAACUCAUAGGAUGCAGCUAUAAGAAAACUCAGAUUCUUUUAAAAUAUGCUAAUCUCUCUCUCUCUCUAAUUCAUGCUUUCAUCUAUCAAGUAAAUCCAUACCCCCUAACAGCAGUGUCCAGCGAAGCAGGAAGUCAAUCUGCGAUGUAAAAGGGUGGGCCACUGACGCGGAUCAUGUAACCAGAACUUCCAAAAGGGGCGAACAUGCCCAAAAAGGAUGUAUGUCUGCACAAAGAAUGGGAAGGCUAGCCUGGCAUGAAUGCAUGUCAGGCUGCCUGCCAAUCAUGCAUGCUGGCCAAAAGCAUCCUGAGCUUGGCAUAAAUGCGACUAAUGAUGCGCUCGCUCCAUGCUUUAUAAGGACUGUCCCCUAGCACUCAAAUGUCAACAUGUCUCCUUACCUUCUUACUAGCAGGCAGAAGCUCCUGGUAUACAGUCUGAGACAGAGAAAAGGUGGAUGUAGUGAGUGUAGAAGAAAGGGAACAUGCCACAGUGUUAGAGAGACCAAAGUCAGCAUUACCUUAACUAAUUUAAUUUUUGAUCUAGUCCACACAAGUUUUGUUUCCAAAUAUCCCAAAUAUUAAGUUUCCAUACUUAAGCAAGAGUAUGUGAAGAGUAGUUAGGGUUGUCACCAAUCUUGGAAAAAAAAAUACAUGCCUUGCUAAUUUGCAUAACUAAUUAUGUAUGUGUGACAUCACACGAUGUAAAUCACAAGGAGUGACAUAAGAGAAAAGUCUGUGAAAUCACCAAAAACAACUUACAGUUUGAUUCUGCUGUAUAGAUGGAUUGCUCCCAAUGACUCCCUGUCUCCCAGUGUAUGUCUCCCAAUGUCCCUAUGGGUUGUCAAACUACUUCUACAAUAAAUUCAGACCUACGCUAACCCCACACAUCACCACACCCUUCAACCACGCCAAACAAACAGGAAUCAUUCCUAAAGAAAUGCUGGAAGCAUUUACAGUCGCGCUUCCCAAACCGAACAAACCCUCGACCAUCAGUGCCAACCUAAGGCCUAUUUCCUUAUUCAACGCCGACAUUAAGUUAUAUGCCAAGCUACUAGCUAAUAGGAUCAAACCACUCUUUCCCACUCUAAUAUCUGACGAACAAGCAGGCUUUGUACUAGGCAAACAGGUAGGCGACAACACUAGGCACUUCAUCAACCUUAUAGAAUGCCAAGGGGGAAUUAUGCUAGCGCUGGACACUGAAAAAAUGUUCGAUUAAAUUAGCGGUACAUGCAAUUGACACUCAACAAAAUGGGCAUUCCCCUAUCGUUCAUAACCAGCAUUCUGGCCCUCUAUCAGAGCCCAUCGCCAAAAGUAUUUAGCAAAGGCUUCCUCUCAUCCCUGCUGGCCAUUCGCAACGGUACCCGAGAGGGCUGCCCCCUCUCCCCACUCAUAUUCAUUCUCUGCCUAGAGCCUUAAAUACAGCACAUAAAACAAGAUACACAUAUCCAGGGUAUAUCCAUGCCAAAUGGCGAACAAAAGCUGACAUUUUUUGCCGAUGAUAUUCUUCUGUUUAUAACCAAUCCGACACAGUCCCUUCCGCAGUUACUUGACCUACUAGCUAAAUAGUCUCCUACUUGAGGAUAAAAUCACAAGAGAAUCAUAUUCCUUUGCUCCACAAACUCAAAACCCAAAUGACAACAUGGGAAGAACUAGAGGUGUCAUGGCUAGGACGCAUAACCUCUAUAAAAGUGAUGAUACUACCGCAUAUAUUGUACCUGGUUAGAACCAUUCCUAUAGAGCUGCCGACCCACCUCAUCAAGAGAUUCCAAUUGGUCAUAAAUGCCCAUGUAUGGAAAAGGACCCCCCCACCCCCAAACUAUCGAACAAAAGUAUGGGCCUCCACCACAGACUGGGUGGUCUAGGUCUGCCGGACAUUCGGUUCUACUACCGGGCAUCCUUGCUGGCACAGGGAAUGAGACUGCUAAGAGCAUCCACUGGAGAACCGACCCCUAUCUGGCUUACCUUUGAGAAUGCUUGUCUAAACCCGAUACACAUAAUCCAUGCUCUGUGGGUGGGCGCCCUGACUCCCCCAAACAGUGUAGGUGACCUCUAUAGUAUGGACACUUUGAAAACAUUCCCGACCCUGCAAGAGGAAUUCUCCCUCCCUUUUAGGGACUUUUUUCUUUAUCUGAGGGUCAAGAACAUCAUACAGGCCAAUAGUCAAGGCGAAGGGACAGCAUUACUCCCCAGGGUCUACUCCCCACAGCACUUACUGACCUACUUACUGACUUACUGACCCGCACCGUAAAAUGCCUUGUGGGAUACUAUUACCUCACACAAACUUCCAUACACGGCACAGUGGGAAAGGGAUAUUGGAAGGGAAUUUACUUUACACCAGGAAAGCAUUCAGAAGCCUCUGGGAGGCAUUUAGCAAAAUUACGAUGCGCUGGUACCUGGUGCCUCACAGACUAGCUAGGAUAUAUGACACAGUCUCCCAUUUCUGCUGGAGGUGCGGGAGCGCACAAGGUACGAUGUCACAUAUAUUCUGGAAAUGUCCUAGAAUUAAGCCCCUCUGGACAUGUUUACAGGAUGUCAGCCACACGACUACCAACAUUUCCCUUCCACUAACACCUGAGGGGUACCUUCUACAUAUAUUUCCCACUCUGCGCUAUAACCCAUGUGCCUCACUGAUUAUUAAUCUCCUAAUGGUCACUAAAAUAGCCAUAUCCUCCCAUUGGAAAAGCACGGUGAUCCCUUCCCUGGACGAGAUUUCAAAGCGAUUAGAUAAUGUCUGCUUAUGCGAAGAAAUGGCCCUCAGGAUGAGAGAAAAAGUGCAGCAGAAUGAGAAAUUGUGGAAUAGCUGGCUAAAGCACCGUGAGGCAAACAUGAUACCCCAUGUCAGUAGACAUGGAAUAACUGGUCUGAAUAGUAGAGAGCACAUACACCCUAUUGGACACCAACAAGCACGGCAGGAACCCUAGUCCGCUUCUUUUCUUUUUUCCUUUAUUUCAAUCCCUUGUUACCAAGUUCUAUGUUGCAUACCUUUUCUUUUAUGUGCCAUCAUACGUGACAGGCAAAUGUGAAAAUGAACUAAAGCCAACAGCAGAGUGUUUAUUCAUAUGAGUCAUUGAUGUUACAUAGGGGCCAAGAGCCAAUCCGGGGAUAGACUUUUGUGAUCACCUCAUUCUCUACUCCUAUAAUUUUGUGGUAUUUGUGUGCUGAAUGGCCCAGUUUUGACAAAUAGACACCCACCCCCCACAUUAGAUAGAUGGCAGUAAACAGUUGAGCAAAAGUGUGAGUGAAUGUUCUUGGAUGAGAGAAUAUUCAUCCGGCACUAGACCCUCCAUAGACUGCUGUACACUGUGGGAUGAUCCUUGAUCUAUGUACCAGGCCGCAUCAGGGCCUAGCCGACACCCAUACCCACCGUCUGCCUAGACACAGGCCACUUGAGUUUUAAUUUAGAUUUUAUAGUGCUAUAGGUAAAAUUAGUGGAUGUGUGUGAGGGCCAAUUAAUGUGUUGAAUGGCCCAUUUUAGACAUAAAGGCAUUCUCGCAGUUUGGUGAGCGAACGUGUGAGUAAAUGUCGCUGGAUGAGGGGUUCUUAGCUCCUCAGAGACCAAUUCGUACUUAUUUUUUAUGUUGGGAAUUCUUAUAUCAAUACAAAAAUAAAAAUUGUAAAAAAAAAAAAGGCAUAUAUAAGAGACUGCAUUAUCCUCGCGUAAACAGAAAAAGACAAAGUAGCUCUCAAAGUAAAAGAUAAUACAACAUUUAGCCCAAAGAGUGCCUGUAUCACUAAGGGGGGACAUGAUGCAGACAGUAGGAGGGGGUUUUUACACUGAUGCAAACCAAUGAAACCUAGAUUAUGACUACAGUGACAGCACUGGAGAAGAGUGAAUAUUUCAUUAACCUCUUCUAGAGCAAAACAAAUAUAUUGUUUAAAAAAGUGGUUCCCAAACUGUGUGCCACGGUUCCCAAACUUACGUGCACACGGGGGUAACGCGGAAUGUUUCCCUGAUGCUAUGAUUAUAGCACCGGGGAAACAUUACUGCUCAACAGGGACCUGGUCAAGUGCCCCUGUAAUGUCAGACGGCUGGGAGGAAGUGGCAGCCUGUCACUUCCUUCCAUCAUCAUUCAGAAAGAAGGCGCAGGAGAGAGAGGAGGCACUUGUAGCAUGAGGAGAGAGGAGCAUGAAGAGCUCCAGAUCCAUCCACUCCUCCCAGCAGGACCAGGACUCCAAGCCACCCUCCUGGAUACACAAGGUCAGCUAACAAGAGGGUGGCUGGAGAUAUAAAAAAAAAAUCACUUGUGUGUGAGUGUUUGUAUGAGUUUGAGUUUGAGUAUGUGUGUAAGUGUGUGUAUUGUUGUAAGUGUGUAUUUUAGUGUGAGUAUGAGUGUAUGUAUGUGUGUGCAUGUGUAUGAGUGUAUGUUUAUGAAUGUGAGUGUAUGUAUGAGUGUAAGUAUGUGUACAAUUGUGUGUUUGUGUUUGAGUGUGUGUGGGUAUGAGUGUUUGUAUGUGUGUGAGUGUAUGUAUGAGUGUGUGUGUAUGUGUAUGAGUGUAUGUGUGUGAGUAUGAGUGUGUGUGUGUCAGGGUGUGUGUGAGUUUGUGUGUAAAUAUAUGUCAGUGUGCUUCUGUGACUGUGUGUGCGCACACAUCUGUGUAUGUGCCUCUGUGUGUCAGGGUGUAUGUUUUUAUGUCAGUGUGUGUAUCUGUGACAUGGUGUGGGCAUGUAUCAAUGUGUGUGUGUGUGUGUCAGGGUGCAUGUGUGUAUGUUGGUGUGUAUGUGUCGGGCGUAUCUAAUUUUGUGUGUAUGUGUCGGUGUAUUUAUAUGCACCUCUGUGUUAAUGUGCAUGAAUAUCUGUGUAAGUAAGUAUGUAUGUGGUAGUGUAUGUGCAUAUAUCCAAUCAGUCAAACACCAGCACAACAUACAAGCACAUUCCUGCAAUCUAACACAAAUAUCACAUACAAACAGACCCCUGCAUUAAAACUAAAAAAAAUAUAUACAAACACAUCCCUUCACUCAAACACAAAUACUUCACACAAAUGUACAUCGACAUUUAAAAGUGAACAUUACAUUCAGACACACCCCUGCAAUCAAAUGCAAACAUUACAUACAAACGCACCCCUGUAUUAAAACACAAUAAAUUUAUACAAGCAUCGCUUCAAACACCAACACUGUACAUUACACUAGAGCACUAAUAAAUGCGGCAACGCUGUACAGAUGUACAACCUAGAAAUUUGACUUGGGGUGCCUUGGAAAAAUACUGAAAUUUUAAACCUUGAAAAAAACAUGAGAGCAGAAAUAUCUGAAUGUAAAAAUUUGGAUGCAGAUCAUUAUCUUUUUAUAUGUAGUUAGCACCUUUUGGGGGCUAUUUUUAUCAGAUGCUGACGUGCUCUGAAUUGUGAAUGCAAUCUGAGGCUAAUCUCUGCAUUUGGCCUGAACUAUGUUUAGUGAGUACUGUGAUUUUGGGUUAGAUAUUGGGUUCAGUUUACUUGAGCUUUGCAAUUCAGAGGCCAAUACAGAGCUUAAUGAAUAACCAUGGAGGAAUUGAGCAUUUUUUAAUUAAAGUAAAUAAUUAUUACAACUGCCAGCCAGCUGCUACCCUAUACCUCAGUAAUAUGCAUAGUUACAUAGCUGAGAAGAGACGUGUCCAUCAAGUUCAGCCUUUUUCACAUUUGUUUUUGCUGUUGAUCCAAAAGAAGGCAAAAACCCAGUCAGAAGCUCUUACAAACUAGGAACAAAUUGCUUCUUGAGUCUAGAAUGGCAUUCAGAUAUCUCUUUGGAUCAAGGAGCUACUCCACUAAUUAAAAAAAUAUCCCUGCACAUUAUGUUUUUGCAAGUAUUUAUCCAAUUGCUGUUUAAACAUCUGUAUAGACUCUGAUAAAACCACCUCUUCAGGCUGAGAAUUCACAUCCUUAUUGUUCAUACUGUAAAAAAAAACUUUUUUUUCUUCCAGUCUAAAUGCAUGACCUUGUGUCCUGUGUAUAGUCAUUUGUGAAUAGAUUUCCAGACAAUGGUUUGUAUUGGCCCCAAAUACAUUUGUAUAAUGCCAUCAUACUUGGACAUACGUUACUAAUUGGAUUCUCUCUACUCUGUAUCAAACGCUGUUUAGUAGGCAGAAUAAACCCUUGCUCUCCUAAGAGAAUCCAAUCCUUAAUGUGGAUUGUAAUAAUUAAUAUGCCUGUGUAGUCAGUGGUCAAUAAAAAGGCAUCCUUGUUAGUUCAAAUAUUUAACAUAUGACUGCAACUUAUUAUAUAAAUGAUUAAGAGGUCUUACUGUUAUACAAGCAUUAAAAUGGUAAAUACAAGAGAUCAACUCUUGUUAUUGUAAUGAUUGUUAGUGUCAGACCCAGUUGUUCCAGUAACAUUGGACCAGCUGAUUUACUGGGAUUUCAAACACCACAGGCUAUGGAGUUUACUGGGAAUAGUGUGAAGAAAAAAACAAAAAAACCAUCAAGUGAGCAAAAAUUCUCACAGCGGAAACAACAGACUCAGUCAAGGUGACAUAGAGAUCACAUAUAUACAACCACUCUUUGUAAUAUUGAUGUCCAGAAGGGCGUCUCUUAAAAACAUAGCUCUUUGGAACUUAAAUGGGAACCAUCACUUUUUGGAAAUUGAUAUCGUAAAAUAAAACAUUGAAAAUGACCUAUAAUAGAAUUUAUUUGGGCUAAACGGAGUAUAGAAUACUUAGGUCUCGAAGUGGUGAGAGAGGUCCAGAGGACUAUGGAGCUGAACUUUUUAAGGCUCUUGAGACAGACUAAUAAAAUAUGAAAAGGAUGGAAAAAGCACGAAAUAUCAUGGUGGGGAAGAGGAAAUACUAUCGGAAAACUAUAUUCUGCCGAAAUGGUCUUACCUUUUCCAGAUGAUCCCUUUAAAGGUAACAUCUAUAUGGACAACAAUGAUCCAGAGAAGUUUAGGUGGUUUCGUAUGGAAAGGCAGACGCCCGAGAAUAAGUAGAAACAGCAUAGCAAUGAAAACUAAAAAAGGCGGAAUUAAUAUGCCUUUAAUAGAAGAUCUGUAUAAAGCUAAUAUCUUAACACACACACACACACACACACACACACAUAUAUAUAUAUAUAUAUAUAUAUAUAUAUAUAUAGAUCUCAAUUACAAAAUAAAAAGAAAGAAUUCUGGUAUCAAGUUGAAUGCGAUAUGACUAGUAUAAAUAAUUGGGAAACAGCUAUAUGGAACAUUAAAGAUCCUAACAACCUAAAACAGAGUUAUUGUAAUUAAUCUAAUGGAAGAGUGGGAAAGCUUAAAGAAAAAGCUGAGGCCAGAAAAAAAUAUUUAAAUAGAAAAUAUUACGCUAAGAAAUUGGAUAAACCAACUUAUGGAUGGUAUUAAUAUCAAAUCAUUCCCCUGCCUGCAAACAGAAUUUUCUCUCCCAAAUAAUGAAUUCUCUCUAGAUCUCUAUAAAAUGAAUCUCACAGCAGAGUAUUCUUCUAGGAUAUCUAGCCUAUUAAGCGGAGAUAUCAUAAAUAGACCCCUGUCAAGAUCAAUGGAAUAUGUGUCAUCUAUGUCUCCCUUAGAUAUAUCGGUAAUUACCAGAUGGGGAAAAAUACUGGGCCAUCAAAUUGAUACAACUGAAUGGGUGAAGGGUUUCCAUAUGGUAACAAAAAAUAUACAUUGUUUAAACUAUGUGGAGACCCAUGUUAAGGUUAUAUAUAUAUAAGUUAUAUAAGAUAUCAGCCAUAAACCCAAAUGUGUGUUGGAGAUGCAAUCAACAUGAGGGCUCAUAUAUCCAUAUAUGGUGGUACUGCCCAAAGAUUCUCAGAGUGUGGAAUAGAGUGUUUGAAUGUCUUGCACAAAUGGAUGUCUCUAGACUUAUAAGGUCACCUACAGUUUUUUUUGUUACCCACUGUUUUGUAUCAGUUAAAAUUACGAUGGCACGUAGGUGGAGACAAUUAGAACCUCCUACCUGGAGUGAGAUCAAAAAACAAAUAAACCAACAAUUGGUAAUGGAGCGAAGCCUCACUUAUUUAAAUAAAUAAGACAUAAAUAAUGUCUCUUAUAAAAAGAAAAAAAAAGAAAAUGACCUAUAAUUUGUAUUAGCAUUUUCUUUAGUGGAAUAGUCUAUUUAAUUUUAAAUGUUUAUUGAAGAUUUACCAAUAGACAGAACAAUCUAGUUCAGUCCAGACAUAGCCAAGUCACAGACUGUUUCUGAUCCUGUUUCUAAUCUUCAACUUACUAUGAUCUCUUCUGGUUGAUGAUGUUUUUCCAUUAAAUAUGUUUUAUUGUCUUUAUACACAAAAGCAAUGAAAAAAUAAUACAUGGACAUUGAAAAGUCCCAAACCAGCUGUCAUGAUUUUGAGCAGGUCAGAUAGGAGACUUUGGCCAGGGUUGUUAUUUGAAACUUUAUUGGUGCUUUUAGACAUACUUGAGAAAAAACAGAAUUAAGGCAAUAUGCCACAAAACAGGAUACUUGUAAAUAAUAAAGAAAGUAUGUGAUCUCCAGGUAGGUUUGAAACAAAGGCAGGUUGGUAUUAAAGGCAGGCUGGUUACAGAGGCAGGCUGGUAACAGUGGAAGGCUGAUAACAGAGGCAGGCUUGUAACACAGGAAGGCUGGUAACAGAGGCAGAGGUCAAAAUCAUACGUAUAAGAGUGGAGCAGGUUUGAAGGUAAGUCUGGAGCAGGUUGGUAUGGGGCAGGGUUGAAGGUACGUCUGGAGCAGGUUGGUAUGGAGCAGGGUUGAAGGUAAGUCUGGAGCAGGUUGGUAUGGAGCAGGGUUGAGGGCAGUUCCAGAUUAACAUAGGGGCUGAUGGAGCUGCAGCUCCAGGCCCAGGCCCAGGCCCAUGGAAAAGGCCCAUUGAUUAAAAAAAACAAAAAAAACACUUUUUUUUUUUUUUACACACUACUCUUAGGGUUGCCAGAAUCCCCUUGUCUCACACAUGUCAUGUGCCCUUGAGGGGUUAAUCGAUGCAUAUGUUAGCACAUUGUAGAAGAGAUAUAUAAUGGGUAUUUAUUGCUUGUAUCUCUAUUGGUAUGUUGGGACCAACCAUUUCUUACUUGCUAUCCCUAUGUGCCAUUGAGACCUGCCGCUAGGCCAUUCAGCCCACAUUUCUGCUGACACUGACACUAACAAUCAUUACAAUAAUAAAAGUUGAUCACUUGUAUUUCCCAUUUUAAUGCUUGUAUAACCUCUUCACUGUGUCUGCAUUCUUAAUAUAAUGAGUUGCAGUCAUAUGUUAAAUAAUAUUUAAACUAACAAGUAUGCCUUCAUAGUGACCACUGACUACACAAGCAUAUUAGUUAUGCCUUGUACAGUGCUACAGCAUUUGCUGGUGCUCUAUAAAUAAUAAAAUAAUAAUACGGUAAUUAUAAAACACAUUGCGGGUUGGAUUCUCUUAGGAGAAUAAGAGUUUACUCUGCCUACUAAACCUCAAUUUUCCUGUAGACUUUAGUGGAGUAAUUGCUAUUCAGUACACAGAGUACAGAAAAUCUAAUUCAUAACGUAUGUCUAAGUAUGAUAGCAUCAUACAAAUAUUUUCGGGGCCAAUACAAACUAUUGUCUGGAAAUCUUUUCAGAGACAGGACUGUGCAUAGGACACAAAGUCACACAUUCAGACUGGAAGAAUGGAGAUUUUUUCUAAAGAAAAGGAAUGAUUUUUUUUACAGUCAGAACAAUGAGGAUGUGGAAUUCUCGGCAUGAAUAGCUGGUUUUAUCAGAGUCUAUACAGAUGUUUAAGCAGGAAUUGGAUAAAUAUUUGCUAAAACAUAAUAUACAGGGAUAUCAGUUUUAAUUGGUGGGGUAGCUUUUUGAUCCAAGGAGAUAUCUGACUGCCAUUCUGGGUUCAAAAAGGAUUUCUUUCCUAGUUUGGAAGUGCUUCAGACUGGGUUUUUUGACUUCUUUUGGAUCAACAGGAAAAAUAAGUCUGAGAAAGGCUGAACAUGAUGAACAUGAUGCAUAUUACUGAGGUUUAGGGGGGAAAAGUCUCAAUUCUUACAUGCUGUAUUGUAAAGCUCAUAUAAAACAACCCCAAUAUCUAUUUUAUCAAUUAUUUUCAUGAAAGCAGAGAUAAUCAAUGACCUGUAGAAAAAUGCCCUAUUUUUGGAAUCAAAUAGAACAAUUUUCCCAUAAAAUAUUUAGCAAUGAUUUAGAUAUAACGUAGGCAAGGUAGGUGAUAAUUAGGUGAUACAUAUAUAUAUAUGUGAAAGGCAUAUGCCUGAAAUUGUGGGAGGGAUUAUUGGUACUAUUUAAACCCAGUAGCCCCUGCUUACCUGUUGUUGACGAUUUCGGAUGUUCCACUGUUCUACUUCCGGUUCACAGGACCCUGACGUAAUUUUCCCGCCCGCCGGCAGUCCGUACGAACGACUAGCCCAAUUGCUUUUGUGCAGUUUCAUGAGUAUUGAGAGAAAACGAACACAGCCAAAUACGAACAGGCUAACUGUAAGUAGUUUCGGUUAUAUAAAUGCACUUAAUAUCGUUUCAUUAGUCGCAUUCAUUGCGUUUCAAAUUUUGUGUGUUUUCCCCGUUCGGUCAAAUAAUGUUUCAGUCUGCUUCAUUCAUGUCCUACGGUAAAAUUUUUCAUUUGAAUGAGAAACAGACAAACGGCAUGUCGUGGGUCUCAUGUACUGAUAUACAAACACUUUACAAAAAUGUAGGCUAUUGCGUUCGCGCCAAAAAUCACAAUACCAAUUCGUAUAAAGGCUCUGUUCGAGUAAAUCCUUUCUAUCCAUUCCCUAAGAGUGAAAUUCGUUUCUGUUUCACACAUUACAGUAUAAGCAAUUCUGUUUGACUAUUUUAGGUGAAUGUUAUGUGGUAGAAUUUUGCUGGCUACACUUAAGGUCUGUUAAACUAGUCAUAAGUUCAUUCCCAAUAGAGGGUUACGUUUUCUCCUUCCUAUUAUCAGCCGGCUUAGUCUGUCAUUUCAAUAUGUUCGCAUAGUUAAUUCAUGUACAUUUUAUCGCUUUCACAAUAUGUAACUGUUGCAUAUAUUCUGUUCUCAUUCUCUUAAAUGGAUUAAGUUUUUAUUUUCUUUUAUUAUUAUUAUUUGUUCGGUUAGACAUCUUUUUUUAAUAAAUUAAGAAAUAAUUAAGUCAGCUCUAAUUAUGCUGGUUCUAGUUAAAUAGAUUAAAGUUUAUUUUUCUUCUUCCCUCCAAAAUACUACAAUUACAGAUAUUGGUUUGCCGUGAUCCAGUCAUUAAAACUAACAGAAAUUAUUUAAAGAGGGAGGCCUCUAGAUUGCUAUCCCACUAUCCCUCCUUUUUUUUCUCUCUCUAUCCUCCUUACACUAAUUUUAUCUGUUAUAACCAGGACUAUUAAUAAGACAAGUUCCGGUUUGUUUCCCUCUAUAAAUAGUUUAAAGUUAUCACGUUUCCAAGGACAAGUCCAAGCUCCCCCAAGUCAACCUAAAUAGCGAAAGUCGGCUACUAUUUAGUUUCUCUUUUCCAGUUAUUAUUCAGCUAACCCACUACCCGCUAAAAGUACUAAUAUUAUUAAUCCAGUACAGCUCAUUCCACAAAACCUUAAAUGUUACAUAUUAGAAGGCAAAGAUAUUAAUCUGGCUUCCCUCCUCAUAGCAUCGCAAGACAUAAUUGAAAACAGGUCAUACACAUUUGAUGAUUAAUCUGUGGUAAUGAAGUCUAGAGACCCUAGAUUUAACAGGAAGUUAAAUAUUCCAGAGUUUGUCCUAACCUUCGGAUUAUAUAGGGACAUUAUUUGCUCUGCUUUUCCCAACCGUAGAGAGGAAUUAGAUUUAUACCUACACAAGCUUAUAGACUUAGCUUAUAAAUACGGAGGCUACGCAUUCUCCGAUUACCACAAGUCCUUCUCAGCAAGAUCUGCUUCGUUGCUGGCCCGAUUCAAUACUCCUACUGACUGGGGCCAGUUAGACAUAGAGUUGUUUUGCAGACAUUUUGCGGGUCUUAAAACACCAGCUUGUGCAAUAUGUUGCUCAGCUUUCCAUUCCAAUAACAUGGCGAUACCUUCCACUAGCAAUGCCAACCCAGAGUUUCAAACCAAUAUGGCUCAAAUGGAAAGAGAAUUGAAAGAUAAAUUAGGCAGGCCUAUCAUUUUUCUCUGGAAAGCUCAAGUGUGUAAUAAUUUUAAUGCAGGGGGAUGUAGUUACUGUGCUUGCAGACUUCUUCACGGGUGCUCACUUUGUUUCAGAGCACAUGCCAAAACAAUGUGUCCGAACAAAUUGUUCCCUAAAAAAUCAUUAACCCCAAUAAAGAUACCCAAUUUGCAACGUUACCUGACUGAUUAUCCAUCUUCAAAUCUUGUAGACUUUCUCACCUCUGGCUUCUCCAACGGGUUUCACACUGGCUUUGUUGCACUCCCCACAGGUAUUGUAGAAUGCCCCAACCUCCAUUCCACACUCACAGACCCAAUUAGUCUGCAGGAACUCCUCAAUAAAGAAACUGAGAAUGGUUUCAUGAUAGGUCCUUUCAAUACCCCACCAUUCACCUCUUGGAGAACGAACCCUCUAGGCAUAGCUACAGAGAAAUUUAACAAUAAAAAGAGACUCAUCAUUGAUUUCUCAGCACCUCACUCUUCUACUACCCCUAGUUUAAAUGCACUAAUACCAUCGGAGGAUUUCUUGUUACAAUAUGCAAAAAUAGACGAUACCAUACAAGCUAUUAUUAACUCCGGCAAGGCAGCUUGGUUAAGCAAAACAGACAUAACAAAUGCUUUUAAAUUAUUACCAAUUCAUCAAUCACUCUGGCAUCUGCAUGGCGUUAAGUGGGAGAAUAAAUAUUAUUUUGCGACUAGACUGACUUUUGGCUCCAAAAGCAGCCCAAAAAUCUUCGAUAUUUUCGUAGAAACCCUGACCUGGCUCUUACUUAACAAAAGCAGAUGUCCAGUAGUGAUUCACUAUCUUGACGAUUUUCUCUCCAUUGAACCACACUACUACAUACCACGCAGUCUACAACACAUACUUUCAUUAUUUGAAGAUCUGAGAGUUCCGGUUGCCUCAGACAAAAUAGAAGGUCCCAGCACUGAAAUAACAUACCUGGGUAUCACGCUAAAUUCGGUAUCCAUGCAAGCUAGCCUGCCUCGGGAAAAGGUAGACAGGAUUUUAACAUAUAUUGAAAUCUGCACCACUCAUGGUUCUUGCACCAGCAAAGAAUUACAAUCACUUCUAGGUUCACUCAACUUCGCUAUGAGGUUUAUUCCUCAAGGAAGGCCUUUCAUCUCUAGAAUACUCUCUCUUCUACACGGUCUCCUUGACGACGACUCUAGAACUAGUCUAGACGAACCAGCUAGGGCCGACCUAAGAAUUUGGCAUCUUUUUAUCCUCUUGGAAUGGCAGGUCCCCUUAUUCGUUUCCCCCAUCUCUGACGAUUCCACUGUAAUAUGAGCUGACACAGCAGAAGCCAUAGGUUAUGCUGCUAUUUUUGGCAAUGACUGGGUAUAUGAUACUUGGCCACCAAAAACCUCCUCCUUAGAGAAUUUUAACAAGACCUCAGCACUGUUUGAAAUCUACCCAAUAGUAGUUGCAGCACACAUAUGGGGCAAGGAAUGGAAAUGUAAAACAGUUGGGUACUUUUCAGACAACUUAGCGGCAUGUAACAUUAUUAACAAAGGUCGAUCUCAAUCCCUUACGAUAAUGAAUCUAGUAAGUAAACUUACCUGCUUAGCUGCAAAUGUACAGUUCUGUGUAUGUUGUAUCCACGUACCUGGCAUUCUGAACAACACAGCUGACGCUCUGUCAUGUUCUAAUUUACAGGUGUUUUUCAGAAUACAUCCUGCAGCGAAUGUUCAGCCCAAAUAACCUUCUCAGUUCACAGACCUAAUUAUUCUUUGAAUACGCUGUUAAAACACAGUAGGUCACUCGCACAAGUUGGUUUGUCAAUCAAUACUAAAAAAGUUUACGCCAGAGCAUAUGAUCUGUUUAAAAAGUUUGUGCGUGACUAUAAUAUAAUAAAUGUUUUUUUCAUAGAAACCAUGGUUGCAUUCACAACUUUUAGCCACAGCUCUUUGAGACUGGCAUACAAUACAAUUAAACUUUACUUAACAGGCAUACAACAUUACAUGUUAACUAUAUACCAAAACAAAACUCCAAUCUUAUCAUCAUAUCAGGUCAAAAGUAUCCUGAGAGGUAUUCAGAGACUAAAACAUCAGAAUCCCCUUAAAAGACUUUCCAUAGACAGUAACAUAUUUAGGAAGAUCUCUGAAUUAUUAGAUAGCAACCCUUUCGACAAUCUCACUAACACGGUAAUCAAGUCAGCAGCCUAUUUGGCAUUUUACGGUUUCUUGAGACCCAAAGAAUUGUCGGUGGAGAAAGCUUCUGACUUUAAGUCAUGCCUUAAGCAAAAACACUUAGCAAAAGUGAAUGACCAUUAUAUCCUGUCAAUCCCUCAUACCAAGUAUCAUACCCUCAUACCCCAGUAGAAAUUAAGUAUUAUCCUACCUUUUCCACAUGGUGUCCAAUACUAGUACUAGAUAACUUAAUUAAGAAUCAGCUCACAACAAACCCUGAUUACGCACUAUUAUCCCUUCAAGGGAAACCUCUUACCACCAAACAAUUCACGCUAUACAUACGCACACUAUUACUCAGGCUAGGCCACAAUCCACUUUCCUUCUCCAGUCAUUCAUUCCAUAUUUGUGCAACCACUGCAGCAUCCAGUAAUCACAUAUCAUUAAGAACAUAGGGCGGUGGAAAUCCUCUGCAUUCAACAGGUACAUUCCAAACCCAGAAAAGGAAAUCAGACUUGCUUUCCAUGAAAUGUCUAAAUAAUGUUUUGCGAAAUAAAUAAAAUCGUUUUCAUAAUUUUUGCCCUCUUUUUUCGGCACACCUCAACCGACUUUGUUCUUAUCAAAUUGCAUUCAAUUACAAACCAUACGUUUCACUAAUAUCCCGUACACAAAUAUAUAUAUAUAUGUUAUGGUGGGGAAAAAUUGUGAUUGAAACCCCCUUCCACCUGAAGUCCGUGGAUAAUUAAUACAAUGUUAAACAAAAAUCUGCACACUGGUCAAGCCAUAAGACUUGCUUUUCCCACAGAAAUCCCAAAACUGCAGCGAUGUUACAACCGCAAAGGAUUCUGGGUGGGCAUAUGCAAAUUAGAUUAGCAAAGAAUCACAUUUUUGCCUCAUUCCAUUUUAAACAUGGAUUCCUUUUAAUCUGUGUUUGCUGUAUACAACUGCUUGGAAUACAAUUUAGGAAAAGAUGCAAAACCAGUGAACCACUCAUGGACAGCUGUUUCGUUGUUAAUGCAACUCAUCAGCAUGAGGUUGGUUACUGGUUUGCUUAUUGAGUCUUGGUAGUGCUUGGGAAGCAAAAUCCAAACUGGUUUGCUUAUUGAGGAUUGACUGGUGUGCAGAUUUUUGUUUAACAUUGUAUUAACUAUCCACAGACUUCAGGUGGAAGGGGUUUUCAAUCACAAUUUUUCCCCACCAUAACCUAUUUGGAUUUUGCUUCCCAAGCAAUUUGAUUCUUUGUUAAACUAAUUUGCAUAUGCUCACCCAGAAUCCUUUGUGGUUGUAACAUUGCUGCAGUUUUGGGAUUUCUGUGGGAAAAGCAAGUCUUAUUGCUUGACUGGUGUGCAGAUUUUUGUUUAACAUUGUAUUAAUUAUAUAUAUAUAUAUAUAUAUAUAUAUACACAUAUAAGUAAACUGGUACAAUAUUAACAAGUAAAAUUACAAAAUGUACAAAUUAUAGUUGAAUCUUUUUAAUCCAAAGCUUAACAACUAAAAAAAUAUGUAAAACCGUUCAUUCAAUGUGGUCAUAGAGCCACCACCAGGGAUGCUAGAAUGGCCCAAAAAAUGCACUGUUCUUGGCUCAUGCUGAAGGCUAAUGAGAAUAUUCGUAAUAGGAUAUUAUAACGAUCAAAAUAUUGAAGGGACAAAGUCAUUACAAAGACACAGCUGCCACUGAGAAACCAAACUGCAACCAUUUAAGGAACUAUUUGAGAACAGAAAAAUAGCAGGGAACACAAAACUUGAAUGUAUAAAAAAAUAUUGUGGAUGGUAUGUCAGAUUCAGUAAUUGCUUCAAGAGUAAAGCGCAAAUACACAACAAGGAAAGAACAAAUGCCGAAGAGUUCUAAGAAGAAAAAAGUAAUUUUCUCCAAAGUACAUUUUCUGCACAGAUAAACCACAAACCUAAGUAGCAUAAUGGAUUGUAAGAACAAUUGUAAUAAUUUGUAAUAAUAAAAAAAUUGUUCAAUGCUAAGAAAAUUAAAGGGCAUGAUAGGGUUUUUAUAAUCUAUGACAGGGAAGCCCAAAAGGUAGAUCCCCAGAUGUUUCCAUGAUGCUUUGUCAUUCUAAAGGCAUGCACAGCGUCAUGGUAAUUGUAGUUCUACAUCAUCUGAGGAUCUACCUUUUAGGCACCCCUGGUCUAUGAUUUUCAAAGGGGAAAGGGUUGUUCUAGAUCCUAGUAACCAAAGGGCAGGCUAAUUGAGCAGUUGUCCAUUCUUACCUCUCUUGCUACUUAUCUUUCUUUAGAUUCCAGUAACAUACCAAUUUUGUACCUAUUAGGACUUUCAGGACAUUUGCUGAUAAACUCACUGACACUGAUGACCAAAGUAGGACAAAAUAUAUCGCUAAAAAAUUGUGAUAUCACAGAAGACCAGAAGGAUCAAGGGCUCCUGGGAGAUUCAGUGUUAAACUGUUAAAAAAAAGGUUGAGUCCAUGCUGUGAGACAACAUUAGGAGACUCUUGGCACCAUACUACAGUGUGUUUUAGUAGUUGUGGUGCUUAGACUGCAUCUUUAAAGGGACACUAUAGUCACCAGAACAACAACAGCUUAACUUCAGGCAUUUUCAUGUAAACACUGCCCUUUCAGAGACACCUUAGAUGGCCACUGGAGGGGCCUCCUGGCUCAUGGCUCAUGGUUCAUUGAUUCAGUGCAUCUCUAUGAGGAGGUCCUGAUUGCCCAAAACGACAUUUGGCCUCCCCCCGUGAUGAUUUGGGAAAGCAUUGGAUUGGCUAAAAUUGGGGCAAAAACUCCGGUAAAAUUGGGGCAAAAACAAAAGUGUUGCGCUCAUAAUUUUGUUCAGUGUAGUUUCUCAUACAUCAUUUGUUUGAAAAGAUAUAUCCUGCUUUGCUGCCUCUCACUUACAUUUGAGCAAGGAGGGGAUAUGAUCCUAAGUGGUUCAGUGGAAGAUAUUGGUGAUCUGCACCCAUGCUCCCUGUUGGUCCAGUGGGUGGAGCAUGUGCUCUGCAUCUGCAUGUGAUCUCCAUCCAGAGUUCUGCAUUGGUGAGGGUGUGCCAUCAGUGAUCUGCACCAUUGAAGGUGUAUACUCUAACGAUACUUACACGGUCCUCGCGACAAUCCAGAGCCUCCAGGCAGGCCAUGGGUGAAAAACUAAAUAACCACAGUAAAUGGGCCAGAGGAGUUUAAAUACUGUUAUGUGUGAUUUGAUUGGUUGACAUCAACCAAUAAAGCCCAAAAUUACAUGAUUCCCUGCCCUGUGCCUUUUUAAGAUCAUUCUCCGAAUGCGAGCAGCGUUCUCAUUGCUGGAUUCUGGGGGCACAAAUAGUUAUUUUGUUUGGUGCACGUCCCUUUCAGAGACUCCGGAUUGCCAUGAGGACCCAUUAAGUAUCGUUACAUAGACCACAAGCUCUCUCAUUAUGAUGAUGCUUUGCAUGGCCUGUCAGAGGGAUCUUUUCAUCUCCAUAUAGGCUCCUUGAUGCUGGUAAUGCCACUCGUGGUGCCCCAGGCAGCUAUCCAGUUUGACUUCCCCGCCAAGACAAAAGAUGAGUUAAGGAGGGCUCUGGACACAAAUUGUAUUCUCAAAACACUGAAUUCCCUCAGAAAUCUUAAUCAGCAAAAUAUUUGACCAUUUUACUUUUGUUCCUUCUGUACAAUAGGGCCAUACAUGCUCUUGCGGUUGGUAUCCUAUCAGAAGUAUUUUAAAGUAUUGGCUACAAUAUAUUCUAAAAUACUUUGCAACCACAUAAAAUAUUUCUGUAUUUAAAAUAUGAAAUUAGAGAGCCGUUUAACAGUUAAUGGUAAGAUGGCACCGGGGAACUUUAGGCAUCGUAUCAGCUUCAUUGUGCCAAUCCUCUGCAUUGUAAAUUAUUUAGCCGACAAUUACUUACUUUACUGCCAAAUGUAAUAUGGAAAGGAAUAAAUGCCAUUCUUUUUCCUGAAUUUAGAAUGCCCUAGCUUCUUCUUCUUAAAACAGAUUUCUGAUCCUGAAAAACAAGUAGCGGAGAGAACAGACAAGAGCUCAAUUAGCCUGCCCUUCGGUGGGUCACCGCUCAGAUCUCAGGCUGGUUUUAGCUUAUCUUGUGCCAUUACAGAGAGAACAUAUCUGAAGCAUAUCAGUCUGGUCCCACCCAUACGGGCAGUCCAGAUCUGAAAUGCCAGUAAGUUCCCUCUGCACGAGAGAUACAGCAUAGCAUCCCCAGAUGAUCGUUUCAACAUUGUAAGGUAUCAUCAGUGAAGUAUAGCCAAUAUAUGUGAUAUUGCAGAAGGUCUUGAUGGUAAGGUAUGAUUUUUGCUGAUGAUACAAAAUAUGAUCACAAAAUGGCAAAUGAUUAAGGUAAGCUAGAAAAAUGGUCAGAGUUGUGGCAACUGACAUUUAAUGUGGAUAAGUGGAAGAUGAUGCAUCUUGGAUGUAAAAACCCAAGGGCAGAGUACAGAACAUUUGAUAGAGUCCUAACCUCAACAUCUGAGGAAAAGGAUUUAGGGGUUAUUAUUUCUGAUGACUUAAAGGUAGGCAGACAAUGUAAUAGAGCAGCAGGAAAUGCUAGCAGAAUGCUUGGUUGGAUAGGGAGAGGUAUUAGCAGUAGAAAGAAGGAAGUGCUCAUACCAUUGUACAGAACACUAGUGAGACCUCACUUGGAGUAUUGUACGCAGUACUGGAGACCGUAUCUCCAGAAGGAUAUUGAUACUUUAGAGAGAGUUCAGAGAAGGGCUACUAAACUGGUUCAUGGAUUGCAGGAUAAAACUUACAAGGAAAGAUUAAAGGAACUUAACCCCUUAAUGCCGUUACGGCGUUCUAUGCCGUCCCCAUUAUAAUGAGCUUUAAAGCUAAUGCGGGGGCAUAGAACACCGUAACGGCUUUCUACCCCAGGAACUCCACGGUACUUACCUCUGUCGCAAUCCUCUUCGGGAGGACUGUCUGAUAGCCCAGGCAGCCCUCCCAUGGCAAAUCAGGCCCCCAGCGGCCAUGUGAUCGCUCUCAAAGAGCGAUCACAUGGCCCCCUGUAGCUGGCUGUUUAUCUGCCAGCAGGGGGACUGUCAGGGCUGUCAGACAGUCCCCUUGCUGGUGGGAAGUAUAAAAAAAAUAUUAUUAAACAUGCUAAAAUAAAUUAAAUGUGUAUAUAUACAAAAAAAUAAUAUAUAUAUAUAUAUAUAUAGUAUAUAUAAUAUAUAUACAUCUUAUAUAUAUACGUAACGUCAUAUGUAGUGUAUUUUAAUGUUAAUAUAAUUUUAAAAAUACACUUAGAAUGAAGUUACAUAUAUAUAAUAUAUAUUUUUUUAUGUUUAUAUAUAUAUAUAUAUAUAUAUAUACGUAUAAUUACAAUAAUAAAUAAGUAAAAUAAUAAAAUAAAUUAAAUAAUUUUUUUUAAAUUUAAAAUAAAUUAUAUAUACAUAUGUAAUUUCAUUCUAACACUAUCUUGUUAUUAAUAUAUAUAUGUAUUGGUAACAAAAUACACUUAGAAUAACACUCUAUAUAUAUCUAUCUAUAUAUAAAAUCAAUAACCGCAAAUAUAUAUAUAAAGAUAAAUAUAUAUAAUUACAUAAAUGAUUACAUAAGUAUUCACGUAGAAUUUAAAUACAUAUAUAUGUAUAUAUAUAUUAAAAUUCUAUGUGUAUAUUUAAGUAAUCUUUUAACAUAAGUAUGUGAUUUGAGUAAUUAAAAUUUGAGUGACGUGUCUGACAACCCAGGCAGAAAGUUCAGAGAAUUUGAUUUGCAAGCACUAUAUUUAACCAUGUAACUUUCCAAGACACCAUAAAACCUGUAUGUUACAAACUGCCUUUUGUAACUGGUUCUUUAUGUGACAAAUUGCCCUGUUCCCCUGACUUAUGGAGAAGCCUGAUUGCCAGCCUCCUGCCUCAUGACUAUGGCCCCUGGGAAGUAUUGCCAUUUAAAAACACUAUUUGGAUUUAUUGGUGUUUAAAAGACUGGCCCUUUAAAUGAAACUGGCUGCUUUGUACCUCCUCAACCUCUCAUCAGCCCGUGCUAAACUUUAACCCCCUGGUGAUUUUAUUCUGUUCGUGGGAUCUGAGCGCUGUUCGGAUAUAUUGAGCGCACUAUCUGACUGUGUGUGUGUGUGUGUCUGACUGUGUGUGUGUGUCUGACUGUGUGUUUAUGUCUGACUGUGUGUGUGUUUGUGUGUGUGUGUCAGACUGUGUGUGUGUGUUUGUGUCUGACUGUGUGUGUCUGUGUGUGUGUGUUUGUGUCUGACUGUGUGUGUGUUUGUGUCUGACUGUUUGUGUGUGUGUGUAUUUAGAAGGUGGGGCGGGGGAAGGGUUGGGUGGGAGUGGCCUAGGGCAGCACAAAACCAGGAUACACCACUACAUAGGGGGUACUGUUUUAUUUGGGAGACUUCACUGAUAUUAGUGUUUCAAAAUGAUAAAUUGUGUUACAAUGAUGAUAUUUUCAGUAAAAGUUAAGUUUUUUGCAUUUUUCACACACGAACUGCACUUUUACUGACGAUGUUAUUGUUGUAAUAUGUUUUACUGUUUUGAAACACUUAUGUUUGUGUUUAGUGAAGUCUUCCGAGAAUAACAGUACCCCCAUGUACAGGUUUUAUGGUGUUUUGGAAAGUUAGAGAGUCACAUAUAAGGCUUGCAUUUCAUUUUUUGUUUACAUUGAAAUUUGCCAGAUUGGUUAUGUUGCCUUUGAGAGCGUAUGGUAGCCCAGGAAUGAGAAUUACCCUCAUGAUGGCAUACCAUUUGCAAAAGUAGACAACCCAAGGUAUUGCAAAUGGGGUAUGUCCAGUCAUUUUUAGUAACCACUUAGUCACAAACACUGGCCAAAUAUUUGUUUUUUGCUUUUUUUCACCCAAAAACAAAUAUGAACGCUAACUUUGGCCAGUGUUUGUGACUAAGUGGCUACAUACCACACUUGCAAUACAUUUGGUUGUGUACUUUUGGGUUCCUGGGUUACCACAUUCCUGGGUUACCACACUGUCUCAAAGUUAACAUUACUAAUCUGGCAAAUUUUAAUGUGAAAAAAAUAAAAAUGGAAUGUGUUAUAUUUGACCCUGUAAUUUUCCAAAACAUCAUAGAAUCUGUUAAUGGGGGGUACUGUUGUACUCGUGAGACUUUGCUGAAUACAAAUAUGGGCAUUUUAUUGCAGUAAACGCUAACAGUAUUAUGACAUUUACAGCUAAAAUGUCAGGCGGACCUACAAAUUUUUGUAAAAAUCUUAAUUUCUCACCCUUUUUUAAAUUUUAUUUAUAAUAAAUUAUGUUUCAUAUAUGAAUAGUUCAUGAGAAAUUAAAGCCCUGUUUCUCCUGAACAAAACAAUAUAUAAUAAGUGUGGGUGCACUUAAUGUGACAGCGGUGAAUUACGGGUGAACAGACAUAUAGCGCAAAUUCAAGUUUUUGUUUACAUUUUGUUUUGAUCAGAACGUGCACUAUUGACUCCGUCCUGAAGGGGUUAACAUGUAUAGCUUGGAGGAAAGACUAGACGGGGGAGAUAUGAUAGAAACAUUUAAAUACAUAAAGGGAAUCAAAAUAGUAAAGGAGGAGACUAUGUUUAAAAGAAGAAAAACUACCACAACAAGAGGACAUAGUCUUAAAUUAGAGGGGAAAGGUUUAAAAGUAAUAUCAUGAAGUAUUACUUUACUGAGAGGGUAGUGGACACAUAGAAUAGCCUUCCAGCUGAAGUGGUAGAGGUCAACACAGUGAAGGAGGUUAAGCAUGCGUGGGAUAGGUAUAAGGCUAUCCUAACUAUAAGAUAAGGCCAGGGACUAAUGAAAGUAUUUAGAAAAUUGGGCAGACUAGAUGGGCCGAAUGGUUCUUAUCUGCCGUUACAUUCUAUGUUUCUAUCCCUCUAGGCACGGUGAAAUUUCUGAUCCUGGCUACUAGAUUUACUGGUUAAGCACCUAUUUAAGAUUAAUUAUUGUUUGUUCCAUAGUGAACUAAGUGUAGUCUGAAGGCCUGCAGAUCAGUGAUAUAUAAAAAAUAAAAAAGACAUGCAAAAUUAUCCCUUGUAAUUUUUAACUAUUCUGCUAUUAGUAGGCUUUAAUAUACUUUGUUAAAUAAGGCCACAAAAACAAAAUGAUGUGUCAAUUAAUUAUUACAGUUAAUAUUUCCAUCACUAAAGUGAGAAUUCAAAACAAAUUUCAAAUCUAAGACCAAAUUAGAAACACUUAGAGAAUUUUUGCACUUCAGCUGUUUUUACCUUAAAUUUGAAAUUUAUUUUGAAUUAAAGGACCACUAUAGUGCCAGGAAAACAUACUCGUUUUCCUGGCACUAUAGUGCCCUGAGGGUGCCCCCACCCUCAGGGUCCCCCUCCCGCCUGGCUCUGGAAAGGGGAAAGGGGUUAAAACUUACCUUUUUCCAGCGCUGGGCGGGGAGCUCUCCUCCUUCUCUCCUCCUCCGUUCCUCCUCCUGGGCUGAAUGCGCACGCGCGGCAAGAGCUGCGCGCGCAUUCAGCCCGUCGCAUAGGAAAGCAUUUACAAUGCUUUCCUAUGGACGCUGGCGUGCUCUCACUGUGAAAAUCACAGUGAGAAGCACGCAAGCGCCUCUAGUGGCUGUCAAUGAGACAGCCACUAGAGGCUUUGGGGGAAGGCUUAACCCAUUCAUAAACAUAGCAGUUUCUCUGAAACUGCUAUGUUUAUAAAUAAAUGGGUUAACCCUAACUGGACCUGGCACCCAGACCACUUCAUUAAGCUGAAGUGGUCUGGGUGCCUAGAGUGGUCCUUUAACGUUGAAAUCUUGCUUUAGUACAUAACCCUGUUGGGCUUUAGAUAUUUAUAGUGUACCUGGCACCUGAAAAAUCUAACUUUACAUUAAGCACAAAUAAACAUUUUCUUUUUUUAUUUACAUUUUUAAAAUGUGUUCACCUAUCUUUUAUAUAUUAAUAACACAUCUGUACUUGUUUUGCCUAUGUUUUGUACUUUGAAAUUAAACAUAUUCUGCACAGUAGUAUCAUUAUUAUUGCAGCAAUAUGUUUCUGCUUGUAAAACAGGUCUUCAUUUGAAUAACCAAAUAAAACAGGUGGAAUGGAAAAUCACCAUAGCUGGAAAUCUAUCUCUCUUUUUUUUUUUUUUACACAUAUUUAUGUGAUAGUACAGGGAGAUGAUGAUACCAUGUUAACUAGUAAAUAUAUAUAUGAAUGUUUUUUAACAACAAUCAUAAAAAGUAAUGCAGCGGAGACUCUUUAGUUGAUUAGUUUAGAGAUUGAAGGUAGUAAUUUACUAUAUUUGUUGAGGCAAGAGGGAGUCAGGAGGGCUAGAUGGUGGUUUUAACACUAUAGGGUCAGGAAUACAUGUUUGCGUUCCUGACCCUAUAGUGUUCCUUUAAGCAGUCGCGUUUAUUGCAAAAUUCCAAAAUGAGCCAAAAAAUGGAAACGCAAACUAGGGGAGCACACAGCCACACUAAGAGGAUAGCCGCCUAAUGUGUUUUGUGCCACUAGGAUACUUAUUCAUAGUGAGUAAGUACCCUAGUGUAAUGAAGUAUGUUAGGUGGCUCUCCUCUUGCAGUGCAGUGGUGGGCUUUUGUUGUUUGCUGUACCAUUUUUUGUGUUCAAUUUGUAAAUGUGUAAUAAGCUCUACUGUUUAAUGCCUAACUCAUUUUUGGAAUACCACCCUAUUAGAGGAAGUAUGAGAGUAGUUCGACUACUGGUGGAGUAUAAUCAAAGCUUGGGCUUGUCACCUGUGGGGUACCUCAGGGAUCUGUACUUGGACCCAUUCUCUUUAAUAUUUUUAUUAGUGAUAUUGCAGAAGGUCUUGAUGGUAAGGUAUGUCUUUUUGCCGAUGAUACUAAGAUAUGUAACAGGGUUGAUGUUCCAGGAGGGAUAAGCCAAAUGACAAAUGAUUUAGGUAAACUAGAAAAAUGGUCAGAAUUGUGGCAACUGACAUUUAAUGUGGUUAAGUGCAAGAUAAUGCAUCUUGGACGUAAAAACCCAAGGGCAGAGUACAGAAUAUUUGAUAGAGUCCUAACCUCAACAUCUGAGGAAAGGGAUUUAGGGGUGAUUAUUUCUGAUGACUUAAAGGUAGGCAGACAAUGUAAUAGAGCAGCAGGAAAUGCUAGCAGAAUGCUUGGUUGUAUAGGGAGAGGUAUUAGCAGUAGAAAGAGGGAAGAGCUUAUGCCAUUGUACAGAACACUAGUGAGACCUCACUUGGAGUAUUGUACGCAGUACUGGAGACCGUAUCUCCAGAAGGAUAUUGAUACUUUAGAGAGAGUUCAGAGAAGGGCUACUAAACUGGUUCAUGGAUUGCAGGUUAAAACUUACCAGGAAAGGUUAAAGGAUCUUAACAUGUAUAGCUUGGAGGAAAGACGAGACAGGGGGUUAUGAUAGAAACAUUUAAAUACAUAAAGGGAAUUAACACAGUAAAGGAGGAGACUAUAUUUAAAAGAAGAAAACCUACCACAACAAGAGGACAUAGUCUUAAAUUAGAGGGACAAAGGUUUAAAAUAAUAUCAGGAAGUAUUACUUUAUUGAGAGGGUAGAGGAUGCAUGGAAUAGCCUUCCCGCUGAAGUGGUAGAGGUUAACACAGUAAAGGAGUUUAAGCAUGCGUGGGAUAGGCAUAAGGUUAUCCUAACUAUAAGAUAAGGCCAGGGACUAAUGAAAGUAUUUAGAAAAUUGGGCAGACUAGAUGGGCCGAAUGGUUCUUAUCUGCCGUCACAUUCUAUGUUUCUAUGUUUCUAUGGUGUGAAUUGAUAUUGGGAUAAGGCAGGAUUGACUUCUGCUUUAUAUGUGUCUCUGUGAGGAAAAUUCAGGGUCCCCAUGCCGAGCGUGGGGACGCUGAAUGGCAGAGCUGCCUACUGUGCAGCACUGAGCCAGGAAGCAAUUCCAGUGGCCACUUGGAGGUCUCCCUAGGGGCAAUGUAAGCACUGCCUUUUCUCUGAAAAAUUUAGUGUUUUCAUGUAAAUGCCUGAAGGCAAUGAUUAUACUCACCAGAAUAACUACAUUAAGCUGUAGUUGUUCUGAUGACUAUAGUGUCCCUUUAAAGUGUUUUAAAAGUGUUGCCUUAUUUGGUUUGUAUAUUCCAACAAUGAUAUAACUUCUCAAUAGAGGGAUUUGUAUAAAUUGAGGGGCAGGGCAGGCAAGUGACACAUAAGAUUCAUAAGGAACCCACAAGCCACUUACACAUUAAGUGGAAUUGAGUUAGGGAUAGCAUUACAAAAAAAGGACUUGGCCACAACUAUGGAUUACAAAGUAGGGAACAAGAUGCAAUGCCUAUCUGACUUUUUGAAAGCUAUUAAGGUGCUUUCAUGUAUAAAAAGGUGUGUUGAUUCAGGUGUUCAAUACGAACAAAAUUGCAGAACUAGAAAGAGUGCAGAGGCAAGCUAGAAAAUUAGUAAGGGGGAUGGAAAACAUUAGUUAGGAAAGGCUAGAAAAAAUGGAUGUGUUUAAUCAAAAAAAAAAAACACAUCAGAGUAGACAUGAUAGCGUUAUACAAAUAUAUACAGGGUCCGUUAUGUGCUAACCUGUUCAUUAGUAAGAAUAUACAACAGACAAGAUGUGACCCAUUGAGACUGGAAGAAAGGAAUUUUUGCUCACAGCGAAGAUGUGGAAUUCUCUGCCUAAAAAGGUUGUCUUAUCAGAUUCUAUAGAUAUGUUUAAAAAGUCUUGGAUGACUUUUAAAUUAUGAUUCAAGGAUAUAAUAGAAAUGUAUCUAAACAAGUUAUUGAUCCAAGGGGAAAUCUGAUUGGCAUUAUUGGAUUGGCAUUGUGGCAUAAUUUGAAAUGUGUUUUUUGCCUUCUUUUCGAUCAACAUUGUUACGUCCCAGAAUACUGAGUGAAUAUUGUGCUGUGUGUGUAUAGAAGCGAUGUAACAGAAUGUCAGAACAUGUGUAAAAAGUAGUGGCUAAGACAGAAUAUUGAUCACUCAAGCCAUUAAAAAAUUCACUUGUAGGCACAGAUUAUUCACUGACCUUGAUAAAUCUUCCACCAUUUUCUCUUCAUGCCUGUUUUGUAUUAUAUAAUAAUUAGAUGUUAGGAAUAUCUUAUAGAGUUUUUCAUAAAAAUAAUUUCUUUUCAUUAGAUUCCAAACAGAAUGGUGAUGCCAACGCAGUUAUGUCGGAUGAAGAUCAUGGAGAUCCACCACAGUUCCUUCCACUCGAAGAAAAGCAAAUAAUGAGAUGUGCAAGUGCCAAAGACAAAACAAAGUCAGCAGCCUCCUGCUUUCUACUAGGUUCUGGAGAGUUUACGUGUGCUGCAGAUGGUGGAAUACGAAAAGGAAUGAGAGAUAUGGACAUAGAGAUGGACUCACAGAUUCUCUUAGGUUCUUCAUAAAAUAAAUAUAUCCGAGUGAUCACGAGCUAGAUGUAUACCAUGUCUCAAAAUAUUUCAUAGUCUUCCCACAGGAAGCAAAUACAACCUACAUAGGUGAGGUGUUAACAGUCUGUCUCUAUCACCUGUGCGAGUGGUAAAAAUGGUCGCGCUUCUUCGUAUCUCUUACCUCUGUUAAACUAAAAAUUAAAAUAUAUUUCCUCUGUUAAAAACGUAACAGUAUGCAUUGUAUUGCCUGUGAGUAACGAUGAUUCUUUAAUGAAGUUGUAAUCUAUUUUUGGUAAUAAAAAUAAA